AUGACAGUAUGUCUCAUAUGCCUAUGUCCCUUUCCUAUUAUAGUGGAAGAGCGAGACGACCGGCCACCAGUGAACUACAUGCGAGCGCUUGACCACAUGACACACCGAAGAAGGAACCGUGUACGUGUGCAUUUGUUCACCAUAUUCGCCACUAUUGAUGACGAAUUUGUGGUUGGUAUGCCUCAAGAGGUGCUUGGUGGGUUAGGUCUGAGUGGGCCUGGAUCGCAGUACACUGGCGCCUUUUUAAGGGCUACGGCCGAGAAAACACGAGCACCGCCCCCACUCUUUCUGGACGAGCUUCUGAACUACUAUAUAACACACAAGGAGACCUUGAUGAUGGCUAUACUACAACCGAUUGAGGUGCUGACUAGAGACUCGCACCGCUUGCAAAGCGUCUGUACACACAUCGAUGAAAUGCUUACCGAUUUCCCCGAGAUAGCCUCGCGGAUAGUGGUGCAGGUGGACAGUCGGGGGAUGGCCCUGGCAGUACAUCACACGUCCCCCAACAUAUCCUUAGCCACGGCUCUGCUUCACGAGCCCCCCUUUCAGGACGAUCUCACUGCAUGCCACGGAUGGGGUCUCGCAGAGACAGGGAGGCAGGCAGUGCCAGACUACCAGUAUCACCUAUACGAUGUACUGAUGGUCACCGUCGUCUCUAUGGAGAGGUGUUCCGCCGCAGUUGGGCAAGCACGCGCACGUGAUCUUCUAAUCGUCGCCGACCGCGUGGUAGGCAAUGUGGGCCUGAAACGCGCCUCUGCGGCUAAAGCAGAUGUCGUGAUGAUUCACAAUAAGGACUUUCUGGAGACGACUUUGGUCAUAUACGACAAUCGGGAGCGGACGUAG